AUGGAUGUGUUAACAAGACCUGCAGAAGAAUUUGGGAAUGACGAAACCUUGGAACAUUUGUGGGCGGCUAAAGCAAUGGAGCAUAGUGAUAUAUAUUUUAAUGUUCUCUGCUCUGUAGACACAAGAUGGCUUUGUCUCACACCACAUGAUGACCUUAUAUAUUCACAUUUUCGACAAGACUUUCCAGACAUGGAUGUCAGAAAAAUAAAUGAGAAUGAGAUAAAAAAUAGUGCAAACAAAGCCCGUUGGAGGAUGUUCUGUGAAAAGUUUAAAAAUAUUGUUGAAGAUUAUAGUUUUGGCACUCUGUUAAGAGCAGAUACUAAUGUACCACAGAAGACCGACGAAGAAGACAUAGACCACAGAAGACCGAAGCAGGUGAACCGCCAGCUCGUUUGCCACUUUCUCAAA